AUGUUUGGGCUGGAGCAGUUCGGUCCUCAGAUUAAUAGUAGGAACGUCACCGAAAAAAACUUCAACCAGCCCAGACUGAGUAUGAGCUCCCAUUAUAAGAGCCAGGGUUUUCACUCAGGAGGCACACCAGGGAUGGUGGAACAAGGUCUGGGACCCUUAAACGAACCUGCGAUGCUGGGAAUGAACAUGAACGUAAACGGCGGAGAGCAAUACAGUGGAUUCCACUCCCGAGGUCACUCAGACAUGCACGCCGGAGGCCUGCAACAACAGCAGCCGCAGGCACCUGUCCACGGGUUCUUUAACAACCAGCAACCUCACGCUCACCCUCACAGCCACCAGAAUCACCCCCAUCAGCAUCCACAUUUUGGGGGCAAUUUUGGAGGUGCGGAACCAGGGUCCUCUUGCCUACAUGGGGGUAGAAUGGUGGGCUAUGGGGGCAGUGGCAUGACUCCACAGCAGGGCUUCUCUGACAGCUUUGACCCACUGUCUGAGGGCCAAGGAGGGGAGGGAUACCCCCAGCAGCAGGGACAGCAGCAAAGGCCUGGCUCUAUGCCUGACUACCAGCAUCAUGGCACCCCCAGUGGGAACCACCCCGUCCCUGCACCUUGCCUACCUCUUGACCAAUCACCCAACCGGGCUUCCUCAUUCCACGGCCUCCCCUCCUCCUCCUCAUCCUCCUCAGAGAGCCACAGCAUGGAGCCCAGGCGUUUGCCCCCUGCGGGUGGUGUUGAGGGUUUAGACUACAGUUACUCCAGUGACACACCGUCAGGACACUUUGACGUUUCUGUGUUUUCUCCUGCUGAGUCAGAGUCCCAGCUCCCCCAUUUCGGGCAGCCGGUGAGGCAGGUGACCGCGGGGGCCAAUUUUCCUGGAAAUCCAGGGCUGUCUCGGGCUGCAGCCAUGCAGGGAAUCUCCAAAGGACACCCUCAGCCCCCAAGCCAGCAGCAGCACCCGCCAAGCCAGCACGGUGUGUUUUUUGAACGCUUUGGAAAUGGUCGUAAGAUGUCUUUGGGCCUGGAGCAAAAUGUCGGUGCCAGGCAUCCCCACACGCAGCAGCAGUCGGCCAGUUUACUCAGCCGACAGAAUUCCUGUCCUCCGUCCCUCCCCCGACACUCCCAGCCGGAGACAGGCUCCUCAAACUCCAGCAUGCAGGACGGCAGCAUCAUGAUGCCUGGCCAGCAUAACCAGUUUGAAUAUCCCAUUCACAGACUGGAGAACAGAGGGAUGCAUCCCUAUGGGGACCCCAUGUUCAAUAUGCAACCACCUCCACCUCCCAGUCAGAGGCUGCAGCAUUUUGACUCUCCAUAUCUAAACGUUGCUAAGAGGCCCAGGUUUGAUUUCCCAAAUUCUCAAGGAGCUGACGGGUGCGGAUCCUGGAGCAGUGGCAUGCACAACCCGCCUGGAAUGGAAAACCACCUCUCCCCCUCACCCUACUCCGGUCUAACCGGGGAGUUCACGCCUCCAGUGACCGAUGCCUUUCCUCCUGGUCCAUCGCUCCAGCACGCUGGCCCCGAACCACAGUCACUGCAGCAGCGGCAGAAUGCAGCGAUGAUGAUUAAACAGAUGGCUUCCCGCAGUCAGCAGCAGAGAAUGAGGCAGCCCAACCUGCAGCAGCUUGGUCACCACGGAGAUGUGCCCCAGGGCCCCAUGGGAAUGCCCCAGCCUGGCUUUGAUAGAGAGAAUGGAGGGAGAAUGAUAAAUUUUGAUGGACAGAACCCCCGCAUGAACCAAGAGAGCGGCUGGUUUCCAGGACCCCACCCGCCUGCGGAAAUGCUGGGGCGAUGCAUGGCAGGCCAAGGUGGGGAUGUCGGGCCGCACGAUCUGCAGCAGAAUGGUGCAGGUAUGAUGUUCAGGCCUGGAGUGAAUGGCAUGGCAAUGCAGGAGCCCAUGCGGAUGGUCGGAGACGGACACAUACAGCCCUUACACUCCCCCAGUAUCCACCCACAGUUUAACAGUAACAUGGGGAACCUCUCACAGAUGCAGUCACCUGGUGCAGGUGUGGGGAUGCCCAACACACCAUCUGAGAGGCGUCCAAAUGACUUCUCAGGGUCACCCAUAGGUGCACAGCCAUCCUUCCCCUAUGGCUCUGGUCGCCAGGGAGCACCCCAUAAUAACCCCCAGGGGGUUAGUACGUCUCCAGGAAACUUUGCCCCCCAGUCAGAAUUUCCAUCAGGCCAGCGUUCCUCCGUCAGUAAACUGGGAGCUCUGUCUUUGGGUAGUUUCAGUAAAACAAGCAGCAAGGACAGUGUUUUUGGGCAGAGCUGUCUGGCAGCCCUGUCUACAGCCUGUCAGAACAUGAUCGCCAGCCUCGGAGCCCCCAACCUCAAUGUAACAUUUAACAAGAAGACACCAGGUGAGGGAAAACGUAAGCUGAGUCAGACAGAGCAGGACAUGAACACUGGCGCGACCAGUGGAACUGCUGGUGCCGGGCCAGAAUAUUUCCCAGCGGGUGGUGUUUCACAGAGUGGGCCAAUUCCCAGUACUGGGAACAGCAAUGUGAAGACCACCGGUCAAAACCAAACGGUGCAGGGGGAAGCCAGUACCCUCUCCCCAAAUUACAACAUGGACGCUACCCCGUGCAGUGAGGGGAAAGCGGCAGCAGGGUGUGGGAGAGGGAGAGGGAGGAGAAAAAGAGACAGUGGACAUGUGAGUCCCGCUGUGUUUUUCACCUCCGACAACAGCAACCCUGUUGUGAGUCCCACGCAGCAGUCGGCCGCGGUGGCUAGCGCUGCUGAGAGAGGUGGGGGUACGCCUCAUGAAAAGCCACUCACCUCUCCCUCCUGGGGGAAAGGGGGAGACCUGAUACUGGGUGAUCAGGCUGACCUCAUGUCGUCCCUGGACAGCGGCAUCCAGAGCGGCUCUAAGUCAGACGACUGCUCGCCACAUGUUGAAUUCACCGACGACAUGGGGACGCAUUUUGGAAACGAGGAUGAAGUCUCGUCCAGUUCGGAUGCUCCAGCCUCUUCUGCCAAGGCGGGCCGUAGCCCGCUGACAACCAGAGCCGAGAACGGGCUGCUGAGUGGGCAGAAAGGGCAGGGCUUGGGCCUCGCUAAUCACACUACCUCGACACUGUCAGAUGGCUACGGAGGAGUGGGUCACCCAGCAACACCUGGACUGGAGCCGGUCCGAACACCCUCCAGCUCUUCUGGACAGGGCCAAGACGAGGUCCACCCUCUGGAGAUCCUGCAGGCCCAGAUCCAGCUCCAGAGGCAGCAGUUCAGCAUCUCUGAGGACCAGCCGGUGGCCAUGAAGAACAGUAAGAAAGGCAGCGAGUGCAGCGGGCAGAGUGGAGGAGAGGGGGAUCUGGCAGGAUGUAGCCCGGACACUGGCAAAACCUCCAUGGGCACAAUAGACCUGGACACACUGAUGGCAGAGCAGCAUGCCACCUGGUAUGUGCCCAGUGACAAGACUCUGCUGGAGGGGGCAGAGGAGGACAAAACUGUGGCAUCAUGGGAGAAAAGUAAGGGCCAGAGCAUCAGUAAAGAAGAGGCUGAUGUGUGUGCACUGAGAAAAGGGGGGGGGGGGGGGGGGUCUGGAGCUGGUGGGGGUCCUGGGACAUUGCAAUGUCUCUCCGUCCACUGUACAGAUGAACUGGGGGAGUCGAAGGCCCGGGGUGGGCCGGUCUGGAGGUCCUUACACUCAGAUCUCUCCAAUCGCUUUGGCACUUUUGUUGCAGCCCUUACAUGAGGGACAAACAGAAGAGGAGAGAGGACAGGAGGCAAGACAACAGAACACGAGAAGAUGACAAAGAUGAGGACUGACUGGACUCGCUGUCAAAUACAGAACAACAGCAACCACAACACA